AUGGAAUCGGAGGUACUUGAACAUAUCCAGAGUAAGAAGCUAACAACGGAAGAAGACAAGGUCAUGGCAAUUCGGCCAAUAAGAGUAAGGUGGGACAAAGUGCUGGAGGAAUUCUCACUAAGCUUGAUUGGACGUUUCCUCAUGUCAAAAACCAUCAAUAUUAGGGCGGUAAAGAACCUGUUAAGGGCCUUGUGGAAAUUAGGGAGUGAUUUGAAGAUAGUGCAGGUGGGCAAUGGACUCCUCCAAUUCAAGUUCACUUUGGAAAGUAAGCUAAUGUGGGUCUGGAACAAUAGCCCAUGGUGCUUUAACAACCAUCUUUUGGCCCUCCGACUGUGGGAAAAAGGAAUAAUGGUCGGGCCUGUUACUUUUAUGCACCAACCUUUUUGGAUUCAAGUAUGGGGCUUGCCGUUUGACUUAAUAACUGAAGAGGCAGGGAGCAAUAUAGGUAACGACUUAAGGAAGUUAGUGGAGGUGGACUGCAAAGCCUUCCAAACUAAGCAAGCUUAUUUCCUCCGGCUUCGCGUGGAAGUGCAAUUUAAUAAGCCGCUUCGUCGAGGUGGUCCUGUGAUCAGUCUCGAAGAUGAUGAGUUGCAUGUGGCUUUUAGGUACGAGUGUCUCGUUGGAUGGUGCUUCAAAUGCGGGAUGCUCGGCCAUGAUCUUAAGGAAUGUGCAUCACCUGACACUAGGGGUGGCAAUUUUUAUCCAUAUCUAUGA